AUGCAUUUCUCCAAGCUCCUCACCCUCACUGCCGCUACCUUGGCUGUCGCUCACCCGGGCGAAAAGCACGACCCCGAGGUCGUCAAACGGGAGAUCCGCGCUCGCGACGCUCAUGCCGCCAGAUCCAGACGCGCUCUGGACGCUUGCUCAACCACCACUCACUCCAAGCAGCUGCAGCAGCGCAACGUUGCCCGUCGCGCUCGUACAGCCCAAGAGCUUCGUCAGGCCCGUGGCAUCACCGCCAACCCCAAGAAAUGGCGCCGUGACCUUGCUGCCCUCGAGGAAUGGGAGGCUGUCAACCACAACCGUACCGGACUGCUCAAUUUCUCGCCCAACACCCCCGAGUCCGAGAUCUUCGGUGGUAACACCAGCGCUAUCCUGGCUCCUACUGUCACGGACGGCCCGUACUAUGUCUGGGGUGAGAUCAUGCGCCAGGAUGUCCGCGAGGAGAAAUACUCGGACGGAAUCGACAGCUUCCUUGAGGUGCAGUACAUCGACGUGAACACCUGUCGCCCUGUCCCUGGUGCCAUUGUCGAUGUCUGGCAAGCCAACGCUACUGGCGUCUACAGCGGAAUCUCUACCUCGGGAAACUACGCCGCCGACGGCCUCGACUCGACCUACCUACGCGGCAUCCAACAAACCGACGCCGAUGGCGUGGUGAGCUUCUCGACCAUCUUCCCUGGCCACUACGACGGCCGCGCCACGCACACCCACCUCCUCACGCACCUGAACGCAACCCUGCACCCAAACAACAACACCCUGGUAGUCGGCACCGGCAGCGUCGCCCACAUCGGCCAACUCUUCUGGAACGAAGUCCUCCGCUCCGCCGUCGAGGACACAUACCCGUACACCACAAAUACGCAAGACAUCACCUCCAACGCAGAGGACAUGUGGAGUGUUGAGCAAGCCAGUUCUUCCUAUGACCCGUUCCCCGAGUACAUCUAUCUUGGAGACGACUUGUCGGACGGCCUGUUCGCGUGGAUCCAGAUCGGCAUUAACACUACAGCGGAUUACACAGAUAACAGCUACUACAGCAUUGCGGCGUACUACGAUGAGUUUGGUGGUCAUGAAAAUGAGAACUCCGGAUUCAUGGGCGGUGGUGGCGGUGCCGAUGGUGCUGCUCCGUCUGGUAUGCCCUCUGGUUCGGCUGUUCCUUCGGGGGCCGCGCCUUCUUCGACUGCGUAA